AUGCUUAAGGGGUUGUGGGGCAGAUUGCUGACAAUGGGAGCAGUACGGUAUGGCACGAGGGCAGUAAGCCCCCCUCCGCCAGGGGCAGGUCGCAGCGGGCUGAGGUACCGCUCAACGGCGACAGGCUGCUGGCCCCCGCCGCUCUCAGAGGACGCCAGUGGCGGCGGUAUCGAAACCAUCGACGCGCUAGUGCCUUUGCCCGUGUCCCGGAUGGCUCCUAUAAAUAGCCUGGAUAUUAUUAGUUCCGCCAGCAGGAUGGACGCCACCGCAGUCUCAGAUCAGCCAAGGCUGCAAUCGGUACGCGAUCACGUUCUUUAUGGCGGCAAGUGUCUGUUGAAGAAACGGUGCGCUCUUGUCAGGCCCCAGGUCUACGCUAGGCUCGCCACGGACUCAGAAGACCUCGCCACGCUGGACAGACUGCCCAGGUUCAGGUUCGGCGGCAACAGGGCCUCUGCCGCGGACAAGAGGUAUCGAGACCUCAGUGACAGGUUGAAACGAACUCCGGUUCCACCUCCCAGAAACCGACAUCCGUCGAGAUCAACUCCACAGACGUCCCCCACUCCGCCGGAAGAGCCUGCCGAUUGUUCAGAGCGUGUGACACCACUGAGGAGUUCUUCUUUCUCCCAAGUUGAUUACUGUACGGAUAACAACAAAUAUGUGAAACGGCUGUCUCCUGAUCCCACUAAGGAAACCUCGACAUUGCCUAGGUCUAAACACACCUCCAGGCCUAACACGCCUACUCCUGAACCAUUGUUUGUGGUUAAAGUGACUGACAGUGACGGGAAUCCAUCCAACCUGCCUGAGUCAUACAAAAAGCAUGCUAGCAACGACAAGAAACGAGAUAAGUCGAGAAGGCGAAAGGGCAUUUAUAUUUCUCAGUGGCCUAACAACUACCAGGCUUCGGAAGAUGUGAUCCCACAAUUUGUAGGAGAUGAAGACUUUUCUUCUCCAGACAAUAACGCACAGCUCCUUCAAGAUUCCAUAGUUGAAAUUUCAAAGCUACAGUCUCCUGAAAAAGAUCCUUGGGAGAGUCCUAAGGAACCUCAAAGUCCAGAAGACAGUGACUUGGCUCCUAAGUGGCCACUACCGAAGCCUAAACAAUCUUCUGCGUCUCCAGAUGAUAAACUCAAACAUGCUGCCAUCUUCAGAACAGAUUCUUUAUCAGAUGCGGAACCAGAGGUGUCUGAAUGUAAAUCAGAUCAAGUUUCAUUCAUUCCUUCGGACAUAUCAGACUGUGAGAGUAGGGUUAGUGCUAGUACUGAACCUACUAGUCCAACACCGAGAAGGUACUCUAAGCGACCUUUAAGGGGUCCUUACGGGCAGAUGCUGGAAGCUGAAAUGAAGAAACCGGAAGCCAGGAAGAAUCUUUCUAAUGACUUGAAAUUCUUGGACGACCUCUCAAAUUUAACCAACGAUAGGAGUAGGACAGUCACCCCAAGGGAGCUAAAUAACUCUUUGGACGAAACGAAAAGCAACAGUCAGUUGUAUUCACCCAAACAGUUGCAUCAACGCAAAAUCAGUGCCGAUAAUUUGAUAGUGCCAACAGAUAACAAUAAAAAAUUAGUGGUUAGUCAUCAAAGGACUACAUCCAGUCCGUCCAAGUUGCAGGACUUCGCCAACAUCGAAGUUAGUAGUGAGUUGCUGGAACAGCUGCUCAGGGGUAGUUCCGAACAACUUGCUGCAGCGGACGCUCAACAGAACCAAAACGACACCAGGACACACGUGGUUAUCGAACUUUACGAAAACGAGAAGAGCUAUGUGGACUCGCUUGAGAUCCUGGUCAGGAAAUACCUGGAACCACUCAAGGCUCCAGAGAAUGCUUCGCUACUGGAACCUGCGGUUGUUGAUGAGAUAUUUGCGGAGAUUCCGUUCCUCCUAAACCAGCAUCAGGAGUUUUGUAACGAUCUGAAAAAAAGACUGGACCAAUGGGAUACGAAGAAGAAAGUUGGAGACUUAUUUUUAGAAAUCUUUUCAAAACCAGAAGUAGUGGAGGGGUACUUGAAAUAUGUGAACAGCUGGAAACGAUCGAGGGAAAUCCUCAAAACUACACAACAGCAGAAGUCUGCAUUCACGAAGUUUCUAGAGCAUACAGCGAGGCAACAUGCUGGCAAGUUAGCUCUAGAUUCUUUGCUGAUAAAACCGAUCCAGAAAUUCCCAAAAUACGAACUGCUCCUACAACGACUAAUCAAACAUACAGACGAAUCUCAUCCAGAUUAUAACUUACUUCUGGAUGCGGAACAAAAAAUCCACGAUCUCUUAGUAAAAAUAAACUGUUCAGAAAAGGAAUCUGAAGGACUAGACCAACUAAAAGAGAUCGAAGGAUUGGUCGACGGCCUACUAGAUUUAGUUUCACCGGAAAGACAAUACCUAAGACACGAUGGCGUCACAAUAUCAUACUGCUCUGGACCUAGGAAGGAGCGGGCAAUAUUCCUCUUCUCGGAUCUCUUACUCAUAACUAGCAUCAAAAGGCGUAGCUGUACUGGAAAGAAGUCCAAUACAGGUCAAGGAAGCUUGGCCGGUAACAUUGACGCCCACAAGUACAAGCUUCUGAUGCGCCUGCCCCUUGAAGAUCUUGAAGUUGUUCGACCUAAAGACGAUAACUACCACAAGGUGAUGCUAGAAAUCGAAAACCUGACAGAAGACAUCUCAACAUUAGACCAGAUCAACGAUCUCGUUCCCAAGCUCCACUGCAGCCAUUCAUCGCUAGAAGGUGUUGUGAAAAAUAUGCUUGCAUCUCUUCAUAAGCAGCUCAUCGAACAACAACUUCUUGAAGUGCAGCUGUCUUGCUUAGAACUCACAUUAAAAACUCCGCAUUUUUUUAGAACCAGCACGGAACCGCUUUCCAUUAUAUUUCACAACGCAGAGAAAAGAGCAACAUGGGAAGAAGCCUUUUCGGAUGCCAAACAAAAACUUGUAUUGACCAGCGACAGAAGAUCCCUUCCAGAAAUGAUAGCAACAGUUCCAGUCCGUAAAACGCGAGCAGGUCUCCAGUUCACAUGCGCGGCCCCAACUUUAGAAGAGGAGGACAGGGAAGUUUGGGUCUGCAAUAGUGAUGGAUACGUAGGACAACUUUGCGUGCUCAGCCUCGAACCCGAACCUAAUGUCGUAUCCUGCAAUGGGGUAUGCAACUCCAGAAUUACCUGCAUCUCCUCAAUACCUGCGCUUGAAGAAGGGGAUUCGCUGCCUCCUCAGAGACCAAAAAAGAGCGAGCGUACAAGAAGAUACAGGAACCAGCGACGACUCAAGCCCAUGUACUUUGACAGCAGUUCAUCUAGCGAGGAAGAAGAGGCGACAGCUGGGCCUUCUGAAGACCCCCAGACAUCUUCAGAAACAGACAAAGGCUCGGAAGAUAGCAGUGAUGACAUACAGCCCUCGACUAUGUGGAUCGGUACUGAAGAUGGUUGUAUACACGUGUACAACGCCACUGAUAAUAUUAGGACACGAAGGCAGAAGACCAAAUUCCAGCUGAAUGCUUCAGUUACCUCUAUAGUGUUUUAUGAAAGCAAGGUAUUUGCCUCAGUAGUGAAUGGGGAGCUUGUAGUUUUCUGCAGAGAUGCGAAUGGAGGUUGGAGCGGUAGCCAUUCAACCCUGGUCCUCAACUUAUGUUCGUUCGGCAUGCCAUUCAGUAAACUGCUUCCAUCAGUUGGGAAACUCGUCUGUAUAAUCGCUGGUUCUAUACAAGUUGUCCAUACAGAUGAUAUGAGUCUGGGAAACAGCCUCGUGUUACACACUGACCCCGACAAGAUCAUCGCUUGUGCGACUUUGAACGGCCAUGGCAUAUGGUUGUCCAUCCAGAACUCUGCAACACUAAAAUGUUACCAUUUGACGACUUUGGAACUGGUUUACGAGAUCAACGUCGCCCCAGCUGUCACCAAGAUGUUGGCAAGUUAG